GGCACUGAUAGAAAGAAAGAAAGAAAGAAAGAAAGAAAGAAAGAAAAAAAGAUCCGUAAGAUGUAUGAUCGGUGAAUUACGCAGCAAUGGAAGGUGCGGGCUUGCACAAGGCACCCGCGCUUUUCUCCGAGAGCAUGGUGGAGAUUUUGAACCUCAGCGGCUGGGCGACACCGAACAAGAGUGUAACACACCUGCACAGGUUCAGCAGUCUGGAGGACAUCGACCUGAGCGCAGACGGAAGUCUUAUCCUGAGGGUCAUCAUUUCGUCGGUUUACGCAGCGGUGUGCGCUGUGGGUCUGGUCGGCAACGUGCUGGUGUUCUUCCUGAUGAAGACGAAGCUGGGGAAGAGGAGGAGGAAGAGAUCCGCGAUCAACUUUUUCGUCGUCAACUUGGCCGUGACCGACUUCCAGUUCGUGCUCACGCUGCCGUUCUGGGCUGCGGACGCGGCGCUGGAUUUCAGCUGGCCCUUCGGUAACGCCAUGUGCAAGAUCGUGCUGUCGGUCACCGUGAUGAACAUGUACGCCAGCGUGUUCUUCCUCACGGCCAUGAGCGUGAGUCGGUACUGGUCGGUGGCGUGCUGCGUGAGAGGCAACGGCGCGCGCCGCAGGUUCACCUCGGUCAAGCGCGUGUGCGCGGCGCUCUGGGUUCUCGCGAGCGUCGCCACGGCGCCCACGUCCGCCUUCUCCACGGUGACGGUGGUAGCCGGUGAGAGGCUGUGCCUCCUCCGCUUUCCCGACGGCCACCGCUGGCUCGCGCUCUAUCACCUCCAGAAGGUCGUGCUCGCCUUCAUCUUGCCCAUGAUCACGCUGUCCAUCUGCAACGCGCUGCUUCUGCGCUUCGUGCGCCGCAGGAUCGUCGCGAACGGCAACCGCCCGAGGAGACGGUCUAAAGUCACCAAAUCCGUGAUCGUCGUGGUCCUGUCGUUCUUCAUCUGCUGGAUGCCGAAUCACGCCAUCACGCUUUGGGGAGUGCUGGUGAAAUUUAACGCGGUGCGCUGGGACAAGACGUACUACAUGGUGCACACCUACGUGUUCCCGCUGACUGUUUGCCUCGCUCAUGCGAACAGCUGUUUAAACCCGGUGUUGUAUUGCUUAAUGCGAAGGGAGUUCAGGAAGAUGCUGAGGAACCUGUUCUGGAGAGUUUCCUCGCCUGCUGUCACGAAAGCGCGCGGCUCUGGAGGUGCCGUGCACCGAGAAUCCGUUUAAAUGGGAUUUGACUGGGAUGAGACUGUGUGAAAUGUCUCAUCAGCUCCAAAACUGCUGUUCGUAUGAAUAACGCAGACUUGGAGAGAUUAUAACAGCUGAGCAGGUGGUGCGCAAAAGAGAUCCUUAUCCAUGGGAAAACGCAGUGGUUUUUUUUUUCAGCGACUUCAACAAGAAUGAGCAGAAUUAAAUUUAAAUUUAAUUUUAUUGAAUAAUUUAUUUUUUCCUUAAUAAUUGACUUUAACAUAGUGAACUGAUCAACCCAUAUAAAUGCACUCACGCAUCAUCACUCUUAUUUGACAUGUAAAUACAAGAAAAAAUAGUAAAUAUGUUUUAUAUCACUGGUUUCAUGUUUCAGAGGACUAAAAUGAAAACGUGUGUGUGUGUGUGAGGAAGAGAGACAGAGACAUGGCAUGUAUAAACAUUUGUUUGCAAACACGCAUGUGCAGUGUCAAAUGGAUAGCACAGGAUGCCACUUUGACCAAACCUCUCCAAAGCCAAUGCAGUAUUGACAUUAUGUGACCUUAAAAAGAAUAAAUCAGGCAGUCUGCAAAUCCAGUAGGUUGUGUCACCUCAGAGUAUGCUCAUGCUCCAUCUUUGCCACCCAAGCUACAAAAACUGCAAAUAUGGAAUCUUUGCUUUUGUUAUUAUUCAUUUUUAUCUGACCAAGACAUUUAUUUAAAAGAAAAAAAAGAGCAGUGUAGAGUUUUGUAUGUGUCUGUGUGGUUUUCCUUCAGGUUCUCCGGGUCCCUCCCCCAAAGGCAUAUUCCAGUACAGAUGGAUUGGCUAAACUAAAUUGCCCCAAGGUGUGAAUGAGUGUGUGAAUGUGUGUGCAUGGUGCCCUGCGGUGGACUACCAUCCCACCUGGGAUGUAUUCCUGCCUCGCACCCAGGAUACGCCAUGACUCUAACCAGGAUAAAGUGACUACUGAAAGUGAAGGAAUGAACUGUAUUUUUCCAUCUAUCUUUAAGGUCAUGUACCACAAAUUAUCAAUUAAAGUAUUAAAAGUACUGCACUGGCCCUUCGGGUCCAACUGUGUACCUUAAAUAUAUACUAUAUUCACUUUCCCAGGUGAAAGAUAUAUACUGAAGGUGCAGAAGAUGUUUCAAAAAAUUGUAAUAAACAUUAGGAAUGCUAAUCCUUGCAAUCCUUAGAAUCUUCAUCAUUAUUGGAAUGUGGAUCCAAAAUUCCAAGCAUACACAAAAAGUGUGUUUGAAUCAAGUUUGAUAUAAAAAAUUGGCAUAACCUUUCCAUGUAUUUACUGAUUUCAGAUAUAGUAUAUAAAAUAAUAACCAAUUUCAGAUACAGUGUAUUAAAGAGCCUAUUUCAGAUAUAAAUAUAGUCCGAUAAAAUAAUGGUCUGGACGUUGGCUGACACCAAAUGGAACAACAAUCAACAAGAUCAGCAGUUAGAAAAUUCAUUCAUUCAGACAUCUUCAGUAAGUGCUACAGCCUGGUUAGGGUUACAGUGGAUCCAGCACCUAUCCCAGGACUCUUGGGGCUGUAGCUCCAGUGGUGCAAUUGGUUCGCAUGCGGUACUUAUAUGGCAGUACAUGUGAAGCAAUACUGAGGCUGUGAGUUUGAGCCUCACCUGGAGCACGGUUUUUAAAACAAACAUGUCAGUAUGUGGCUUGGUUAAAUUAUUCCUAGGUGUGGAUGUGUGUGCAUGGUGACUCUCAAUGAACUGGCAUCUAAUCCAGUGUGCACUACUGUCUCUGUUCCUGGGAUAGGCUCUGGAUCCACCAGGAUCCUGAACAGGAUAAAGAGAUUGAUAAAAAAAAAAAAAAUGCUAUAAUGCUAUAAGUUUCCAGGUGAAUGAUAUGUACUAAUGAUACAUAAGAUUUACUGUUGACCAGGAACAAAGGAAGUGUAGUGCAGAAUUCAGCUCCAGCCCAAAUCUAACACAAAAUCCAGCUAAUUAAGUGGACUGAUGAUCUGGAUAAGUUGUCUUCACAUGAUUAGAUGUGAACUCUUCCAGAAGGUAGAUCUUCAGGAGCUGGGUUGGAGAACUCUGAUGUGUUGCAAUAUUCACAGUUGCAAGGUUAGUAAAGAGCUGCACAAUCUUUCAUGAGAAAUCCAAUUGAAUUCAAAUGAAUGAGCACAGUAUGGUUGGAUUUCAAAAAGUGGGAAUAAAAAUUAGGAAUGCUAAUCCUGCCCUUAACCCUAAUUUAAACUUUCCUAACAUUUCAUACAGACAGAAUUGUGUGUAUGAGAAUGAAUGUGAAGAACGUGAAUUCUUACUAA